AAUUACACAUUUAAAAUAUAGCCGUCAGUCACAUGUUGUCAUUCUUAGCCACAUAGCUCAGGAUAUUGUUUUAGUGCUAAUGUAGGUUUGGUAGUGUUUUAGGCUCCCAAACUACAGACACUUAGUUAAUCAGUGGCUAUGGCCUUUGGAUUUUUUUCAGGAGAGCUGCUUCUCCUGUGUGCAGUAGCUUGUGCACUGCGUGACUCUAAAAACACAUGGCAGCAGUCCUCCAGACUACCACAAGUUCCCACUGAGGUUGAAUGCAAGGCCCAUUCCCUGUUCCUGUCGGUAGACAUACCAGCUUCAGGCAGAGAGCCUCGUUUUGAGGCUAUUGAUGCCACAGGUGCGUAUCCUGUUACAGAGAGCUAUGGGGCUCAGUGUGGUUACACUUACUCUGUCCAGCCUAUGCUGGGUCGUGUUGAUCUCCGAGCUUCAUACUUUUCCUGUCAUACGGGAAAUCAGAAUGAUGAGGUCUUCACCUUCAUGUUUGGGGUGUUCGUUAUGGAUGAGAGUGGCAAAGAAUCAUUUUUCAAUGUCUCCAAGACUUGCUCUGUUCCUCCUUUAUCUCCGAGGGUGGUUACUUGUGAGGAGAACUACAUGGAGGUGUCUGUGAGAACUGAUCUACCUACAGCUGGCAGUAUUAAAGAAGACUUCUCUGCAGCUUUAGCUGUGGCACAAAGUUCAGCUGUUGAGGCCUGGCAGGUGAUGCUACAACAAGAGGGCCAGCAGUCUGAGGUAAUGUCAAUUGAAGAUGCUGCUACUCUGGGCUACUUCAUAAUGGUCACACCUGGCAGACUUGUAUUUAGAACAACCUUUGGACAACGCCAUGCUUCUGUAAAAAUGGUCGAUGGUGGUGCGGCUGAAGUGAUCCAAGCCACAGUGUUUUUUAGACGGAACUGGAUGGUGGUCAUGGUGGACCUGGUUGCUGCCUGUUCACUGGAUAAAGGCUCUUUUGAUGGCUACAGACUUCAUUGGAGGACCCCUCCAGUAAGGACGCCUCUGGUUGUUGGACCCUCGUUAAGAAGAGAGUACAUAGGCAUGGGAGUUGAUGGUGAGGUUGUGGAUGAACGAGCUGUGAAAGACCGAGGCUACUAUGUGACAGUUGGUGAAGAGACUGUAGGGAGUAGCAUCUCCUCUGCUGCUGGGAGUGGAAUACGAAAGCAUAAUGUGGUCCGGCAGAUGGCUACUCCACCAGUUCCUCGUCCUCCCUUUUCAGUGAAUCGUGAGUCAGUCCGAGGCUACUCUGUGGCAGUUGGUAAAGAGACUGUAGGAAGUAGCUUCUCCUCUGCUGCUGGGACCGGAAUACAAAAGCAUAAUGUGGUCCGGCAGAUGGCUACUCCACCAGUUCCUCGUCCUCCCUUUUCAGUGAACCGUGAGUCAGUCCGAGGCUACACUGUGACAGUUGGUGAAGAGACUGUAGGGAGCAGCAUCUCUGCUGCUGAGAGAGGAAUACAAAAGGGUGUGGUGACCAAGCAUGAUGUGGUCCGACAGAUGGCUACUCCACCAGUUCCUCGUCCUCCCUUUUCAGUGAACCGUGAGUCAGUCCGAGGCUACUCUGUGGCAGUUGGUAAAGAGACUGUAGGGAGUAGCUUCUCCUCUGCUGCUGGGAGCAGAAUACAAAAGGGUGUGGUGACCAAGCAUGAUGCAGUCCGGCAGAUGGCUACUCCACCAGUCCCUCAUCCUCCCUUUUCAGUGAACCAAACGACUCUCGAGGAGCGAGUCUUCCAGGUCUUCCUGGGUAAUAUUCCUUCUGAUGUGGAACUAGUGUCCGUUGAGCUAAAUGGGCAGGAGAUCUCCGUAUCGACUGCCGCACAGAUGGGGUACUCCAUCACCAGAGUCUCAGAAGGCAAAGAUACCUUUGCGUACAUCAUAAGGGUGCCAUUUGAUGACCAAUUUGUUGUAAAGCAGUACACUUCGGCAGGCUUUGAGUACUCUCUGGAAAUUAAAUGGACUUUGAAUAUCAGGCCUCAGAUGGAAGCCUAUUACCACUAUUCUUCUGUGUCUGCUUUAAUCGUUGAUGCCUUACCUCCAGUGUUUGACAGCAUGUGUACUGACAGUGGCAUAAGCUUCAUGAAGGACCAUCAGCAGUAUGACUACUUGUGGGACAUUGCCAUUGGGUCUUACACCCUGACCCCACAGCUGGCAUCUGAGCGUGGCUACAUCCUGACAAAUGACAGCACCACAUUAAAAUUGGCUGUGCCUCUGUUCACCAUUGGAUACGUUUAUGAGGAUAUUACCCUGCAGCAGUUCUAUGGCACUUUUGAGCUUCUUGCCAGAAAUGCUAAAACCCUGGAGAUUGAGCAGUCCUCAGCCAAACGUUGCCUCUUCCAAACCACUGAGCUUUUGGUGUGCUCUACUGAGGGUGUGAUGUCUGUAGUGGCUGACAUCACUAAAGUUGUGCCUUCUGCCGAUCCUGCCAGAACCACACUGUUGGACAUAAACUGCAGACCCCAAGAAACUGAUGAGACAAGAGUCCUCUUCUCUUUUGGACUUAACACUUGUGGGACUAGAUUUCAGAUUGAUCAGCAGUAUGUGACCUAUGAAAAUGAGAUCAUAUUUCAUGAGAUGUAUUCCACGGACAGCAGGCCAGUCAUCACAAGAGAUGCGGCAUACAGAAUGACCAUGAGGUGCAUAUACCCAGUACGUGACACUGAAAGCCUUUUUGUGGACCGAAAGUUUAGAGCUGAGACACCUGGAAUUGGACAAAUCAAGGACCCUGUGAAGGUUCCUCCCCAAAUGCUUAAGCCCAUGCAAACAGUUACGAAGCCCUCUUUUUGGGGAUCUGUUGCAAGGAAACCAGCUGAACAUGCACGAGUGGGCCAGUGGAGUGCGCCCCUAGACAAAUAUGCCCAGUAGUCAUUAGGUCCCUAAUGGAGGCGUUUGGAUUUGAUGUGAUUUAAUAAACUUGAAUCUUAA